GUGGAGGAUUCUGGCCCUCUCUCCUCUCCUAGAAAGCGUGAUUCAAGUGAGGGAGAGAGAGGGACAGUUGAAAAGCCGAAGAAAUCAAAUACACCAAACGGUGAAAAAAAGAAAAGAAAAUCGUAGUUCUCUCGUCUUCUUCUUUCGCAUUCCUGUUUCUUCUCUCUCGCCCCUCUCUAUUUCUCUCGCUCUCCCUCAUUUCCCCCAAAUUCCCUCAAAUUCCCUCUCCUUGUAGGGUUUCCAAAAAUCCCGCUCUCCCUAUCCAUCUCUACCGUCCAUCUCGACUGUUAUUUUUCCCAUCCCUUCAACGGAACCGGGAUCAAAAUCGUAUCUUUCCAUUAGAAUUUCAAUUUGUUCGUUGAUUCUUUUGGAUCCAUUGAAAUCGGCUUGGGGAUCAACGAUGACGAUUCCAGGUUCGGGUUUCCUGAUGGAGAAUGAGGAGAGCUGCUUGCCGUGCACUCCGGAGGAAGAGAGGCGAAUAAUCAAGGAAUUGACAGAAGCGGCGGAAUCUAAUUUGAAGGAAGGGAGCUUGUAUUUCGUCGUCUCUAACAGGUGGUGGAGGGAUUGGCAGGAAUAUGUAAGACAAGACGAGAACGGCUGUUCAAUUGAUGAGCAUUGUAGUAGCUCUCAUCACAUGAAUGGGUCCCUUUCAAACCGGCAUAGACCAGGACAGAUUGACAAUUCUGAUCUAGUGUUGAAUGGAAUGGAAGGUGAUGGUAAUGAACUGGAGCUUCGUAGAUUGCUGGAGGAAGGACAUGAUUAUGUUUUGGUUCCUCAAGAAGUCUGGAAGAAGCUCCUUGAAUGGUACACUGGAGGACCUGCAAUACCUCGAAAGCUAAUUUCCCAGGGUGUUUUUCGGAAGGGUUUUAUUGUUGAGGUUUACCCCCUUUCUCUUCAACUAAUUGAUGCUAGAGACAACACCCAAUCAGUCAUCCGGAUAAGUAAAAGGGCUUCUGUACGUGAGCUUUACAACAGAGUGUGCACCCUUUUGAAGCUAGAGCAGGAGAAGGUUCGGAUUUGGGAUUACUUCAACAAGAAGAAACAAGAGCUAUUGACUGAUUUCAACCGGACACUAGAAGAUGCUCAGUUGCAGAUGGACCAACAUAUUCUUUUGGAAGUAGAGGUUGAUGGGUUUUGGCCAUCUGGUUCUGGCUUGGACUCAACGGGAAAUGGAUUAGCGUUGGUACCCAUAGAACCUUCAAGGUCAUCCACAACAAUUGCUGGAGGCCCUACCAUGUCCAAUGGUUAUUCAACAGGAUAUGGAUCUAACUUAUAUGGGGGUAUUUUGAAUUCGACACAAAGGGAUACGGAAGAUGGGCGUGAACUUUUGAGCACUAGCACUAGCACCAAAGGAGAUGGUGGAGGAUUAAAUGGAUUGCAGAACCUCGGCAACACUUGCUUUAUGAACAGUGCCCUUCAGUGCUUAGUUCAUACACCCCCACUGGUUGAGUACUUUAUACAGGAUUACAGUGAGGAGAUCAAUCGGUGGAAUCCUUUGGGAUUGAAAGGUGAGCUUGCAAUAGCAUUUGGAGAGUUAUUGAGGAAAUUGUGGUCUCCUGGGAGGAUACCAAUUGCACCACGUGCUUUUAAAGGAAAGCUUGCUCGGUUUGCUCCCCAGUUCAGUGGGUUUAACCAGCACGAUUCUCAAGAACUUCUUGCUUUUUUAUUGGACGGGUUGCAUGAAGAUUUGAAUCGUGUCAAAGACAAGCCCUAUUUUGAAACUAAAGAUGCAAAUGGUCGUCCUGAUGAGGAGUUUGCAGACGAGUGUUGGAGAAAUCACAAAGCUCGAAAUGAUUCCAUUAUUGUGGAUGUUUGCCAAGGUCAAUAUAAAUCAACCUUGGUCUGCCCAAAUUGUAGCAAAGUUUCAGUAACCUUUGAUCCCUUCAUGUACUUGUCAUUGCCGUUACCUUCAAUGGCCAAACGGACAAUGACAGUUACUGUAUUCUAUGGAGAUGGAAGUGCUCUUCCCAUGCCUUUUACUGUAAGUGUGCCAAAACAUGGUUGUUGUAAAGAUCUUAGUCAGGUUUUGAGCUCUGAAUGUUGCUUGAGGAUUGAUGAAAGUAUAUUGCUCGCAGAGGUUUAUGGUCAUCGAAUAUAUCGAUACCUAGACAAUCCUUCUGAGCCGUUAGCUGGGAUAAAGGAUGAUGAUCAUAUCGUAGCCUAUAGACUUCCUAUAAAGCGUGAGAAAUUGCCAAGACUAGAAGUACUUCAUAUGAGGAGGGAAAGAAGCACAUCAGACCUGCAGAAUGGUGGAUACCGGGAACUUCUUGGAACCCCACUUGUGUCUUAUUUAGGAGAGGAUGUGCAAACUGGCGGUGAUAUUCAAGCUGCAGUGAGAUCUGUGCUUGCACCACUUUUGCGAAGAAAAGAAUUCCUACCUCCAAAUCAUGUCAAGACCGGGAAGGAAAAUGGCUCUAGUGUAGUAGUUGAUGCCGACAGCCCGAUGGAGAAUUACGAACCUUGUUCCAGUCCUAAGGAUUGCUCCAUAUUUGACAUGGAAUUAGAACAAAGUCCUAGUGAGGAUCUGGGCUUUCACCUUUGGUUGACUGAUGAAAAGGGUUUGAGCAGAAUCCCUAUUGAAAAUGAUUCCCCCAUUAGACCUGAUGCAGUCAUAAAGGUUUUGUUGGAUUGGUCAGAGAGAGAAUUUGAGUUAUAUGACUUCAGCUUCCUUGAGGAUCUGCCUGAGGUUCUCAAAUCCGGAUUCACGAUGAAGAAGACACGGCAGGAAGCAAUCUCCUUAUUUUCAUGCCUGGAAUCGUUCUUGAAGGAGGAACCUUUGGGACCGGAUGAUAUGUGGUACUGUCCUACCUGUAAGGAACAUAGGCAAGCUACCAAGAAACUGGACUUAUGGAGGUUGCCAGAAAUUCUAGUUGUUCACCUAAAGCGAUUUUCUUACAGCCGAUAUUUGAAGAACAAACUUGACACCUUUGUGAACUUCCCGAUUAAUAACCUUGAUUUAAGCAAGUAUGUAAAGCAUAAGGGUGGGGCUCCUCAAUCUCAUGUGUACGAACUCUAUGCGGUGAGCAAUCAUUAUGGUGGCUUAGGAGGUGGUCACUAUUCUGCUUAUGUCAAGCUUGUAAAUGAGAACAGAUGGUAUGAUUUUGAUGACAGCCAUGUUUCACCAGUAGGUGAGGAGGCCAUAAAGACCUCAGCUGCUUAUGUGUUGUUCUAUAGACGAGUUAAAGUUGAACCAGGUGCAGGACAGCCAUCCGGAGCCAGUUCUCCAAGUCGUUGAACAGUUGCAAUCUGCAUUUUUUUGGUAUGGGGCCCCUGAUCUGAUGAAGAGAGACAAGUACCUCUGCAAUGCUGUGCAAAUAUUCACAAGACAUGCCGCUGCUGGUAGUUGUGUAGUAGCUACAGCUAUGGAGAACCUUAUCGAUUUGAUCUUCCACUGAUCUGCUAGAACAUAUACAUCUUUUUUUUUUGGAAGGGGUGCAGAUAGGUCGGGCAGCGACUUGUUUUUUCUUGGGAUUAAAAUUUUGAUGCAUUGGCAUGCGGGGGUAUAGCUAUCAUGGUCAAGAAAUAAUUAGAAUAGCAGUGACUUCCUAUUUUAUUUAAUUUUCUGAGUAGAUGCAUUUUUUGUUGAUUCA